CCAACGAGGAAUGGCAGCGGAGAGCGAUGCGUCGGACGGGCGGCCAAAAAGCGGAGAAGACGAGAGCGGUUUUUCGCAGCCUGAGUCAGAAACCCCGGACUCCAGCGAAUCCAUACCUGGGUGUGUGGUAUCAGCAAUGGAGGAGACUCGACUGGGUUCAGGGCAGGAUUCCCUAUGUUCUGGGAAGCCCGUCCGAGCUCACACUGGACCUGUGGACCCGUUGCACAGCGGAGCAGCCAAGAGUACCCCGCACACAGCUCCUCAUCUGAGGAUGCCUCAGUUGGAAACCUAUGAGCCAACACAUAAGGACUCCAACCCUAUUGCAACUGAGGAGACCACAGAUUCUCAGUCUCCUCCAGCUGCGGAGCCUGCUGAUGGCCCGUCUGGUGCGUGUGGAGGAAACCCAGAUAACCCAGAUCCUUCUGUGCCUUCGUCAGAUGACGUACUAGCAGACGAUAACAACCGUGUCACAGACUCUCCGGUGGACGGGGGAAAUGCGUUCGUCAUGUUUCAUUUUACCUCAUUGCUGUCGUUAGUAUUUUUUCUUCAGAGAUGAUGAAAUGUCGAAAUCCUUGACUCCACUCGAGGUGAAAGGAAAAGUCAAAACGGGCGAUGCUGAAUACUGCUAUGAAUUUAAGGGUGACCCUGCAGAUGUGCACAAGCAGACUCAGACCUACAUGGAGCUAGUAGAAAAGGCAAGGUCUGACGAAAGACGGCGGUCCUCCUCUUCAUCUUCCUCCUCCUCCUCCUCACAAAAAGACAAUUCUCCUAUCACAAAAAACUUACCCCCCAUUCCCGACUAUGACACCAAGCCCAAGACAAAUGACAAAUGAUUUUUGUUAGGUAGCAUAGUUUUGUAAUGCACAACAAGUCUCAUUCUAUCAAUGAAGCUCCUUUACUG